UAACUCAAUGCAAUCAKGYAAACCAWCCCAACUAUUAUCAGCAGCCURCACAACAAGGACAGCAAGCAGUACAAGUGGUGCUUCCAGGCRUUUCAAUGAAUAAUCAACAGCUUCAGCCACAGGCAGCCCAACAGAACAUUCAGCCCYCUCAGGUCCAGUAUAUUAAUCCACAACAGCAACAGACACAGCAGGGUUAUGUUGUUGCACAAGGCAACACUAAUUUCCCUAGCAACCAAGUAUUUGUGCCUAUCAACCAAGUGCAACAGCCGCAGUAUGUUCAACGAUCACCUGUUUUCAUGGUUGCMAGCAACCAAAGCAUGAUCCCAAACAACCAAAGUGUCUUCCUUGGMAACCAAAAUAUGGUCCCUAGCAACCCGAAUAUGGUCCCUAKCAACCAGAAUGUGGUCCCUAGCAACCAGAAUGUGAUGCCUGGAGACAGGAUGCCUAACAAUCAAAAUAUGGCACCUAGCAACCAGAACAUGGUCCCCAGUAACCGAAACACUGUCCCUAGCAGCCAAAACCCAGUGUUAGCUUCAGUGCAGAGUGAAGAAGGUGAAGGUGGCAGCUCUGACCCAGACCAACGACUCAUACAAAGUCAGGAGAAUGAAUGGAUCAAAAUGGAUUCUGAUAAAAACAAGUUGAUUUAAUUGAAUAGCAAAACCUUAUGGAUCAAUGGAGGUUUUGAUGUUGGCACACUUGGAACUACACUACCUUUAUUGGACCCCUAGGGGUCUAUAUGGAGUACAAGACCCUUUUAAGUUGUUGUUUUUUGAUAACAAAGUUGACAUAUCAAAGUACUGACAGCCUCACCUAGGUUUCGAUUAUAUAUUUUGUUCCAGUUCACUCUUGUUCAUGUUAUUUGUUAUAAAAGUGUUUUUGUGUUGGAAUAGGCCGUUUGCAUUACAUGUAUGACGUAACUUUACUACAACUACCAGAAAGCCUUGCGCAUUUUCAUUGUUAUUCAGAUUUUUAA